ACUCCGAGCAAAUAGUGUUUGAUUAACCAAGUUCCAAACAGGUUGAGGAGACCUAGGGUCAAUAGUUUGAGUUUCUGAUGGAUGAUGCUGGGCAUCGUGAAAAUGGAAGGCACAAAGCAGAUCAAUAUAAAUCUAGCCCCGGACAGUGGUUGAUGCAACAUCAGCCUUCUAUGAAACAAAUUAUGGCUCUUAUGGCUGAGAGAGAUGCACUAAUUCAAGAAAGAAACCUGGCUCUUUCUGAGAAGAAGGCAGCACUUGCAGAGCGCGACAUGGCUUUCCUGCAGCGGGAUGCUGCGAUCACAGAACGAAAUAAUGCUUUAAUUGAACGAGACAAUGCAAUUGCCGCUCUUCAAUAUCGAGAAAAUUCCCUAACCAACAGCAGUAUGCCGUCCUCAUGCCCUCCUGGAUGCCAAAUCUCACGGGGUAUCAAACAUAUGCAUCAUCCACAGCAACAAGUACACCACAUGCCUAAUAAUAUGGGUGACGGUUCUUACACUGCAAGGGAAAUGCACACAAGUGAUUCCCUCCCAACUGUGACCAUUCCUUCAGAGGCUGGGAAGUCCCGGCGAGGUAAACGACCAAAGGAACCCAAGUCAGUUUCACCAAAUAAGAAGGCUUCAAAAGGUACUAGAAAGGUGAAGAGGGAUGACGAAGAUACUCACAAGAUGAUGUUUGGCAAGGCUAAUGAAUGGAAGAGUAGUCAGGAAAUGAUUAACGGGAGCGAAGACCUUAACAAGCAGUUAGAGGUGACAAAGGCCGAUUGGAAAUCCCAGGACUUGGCAUUGAACCAAGUUGCAUACGAUGAGUCGACAAUGCCAGCUCCCGGGUGUUCUUGUACUGGUGUUCUGAGGCAGUGUUACAAAUGGGGAAAUGGAGGUUGGCAAUCUGCCUGUUGCACAACCACCCUUUCAGUGUAUCCCCUUCCAGCAGUUCCUAACAAGAGGCAUGCUCGGAUAGGUGGCCGGAAAAUGAGUGGAAGUGCUUUCAAUAAGCUGCUUAGCCGGCUUGCUACUGAGGGUCAUGAUCUGUCAAACCCAGUUGACCUCAAGGACCAUUGGGCCAAACAUGGUACAAAUCGGUAUAUCACGAUAAAGUAGAUCGAUCACCAGCAGUUGCACCCCUGGUGUAGCAUUCCGUAUCAUGAUAUCUAGUGUCCACAAUGGAUGGAUUCUAAAGUCAUGGAUGAAAAAUAAGGCCAUUAUAUAAAGUUUCAUCUAUGAUUGAAUCUGCCUAAAUGGUCUGUGGCAGGGUAGAAACAUGGGCAUGUAAAAAAAGGUUACAUUAUGGAUAAAUAGCUCUAAAUUGUCUUGAUUAGUGCAUCUAGUCAUCAAACUCAAAUAAUUUUAGAGCCAUGUGCUGUUUGUGGUCACGAACGUUUCUAUGAAAUACUCAAUUAUUCUGUAGAAUUGAUGUAUAUGUAAAAUUUCUUUCGGGUUUGUUGUUUUUC